AUGUCUGUGAGUGUGACCAAAGGUGACAGGGUCACUGUGCUCACUUUUACCACUGACCCCCAGAGCGCUUUACCUCCAAUUUGCCAAAUCUUGAAGAGCCUCUGCUACAGCCCUGGGUGCUUUAGGUGCUGCUUUGUGUCCCAACACCUGAAGAGGAUCCAGGGAACCUCUCAGUCAAUGCUGGGGGCCAUACAAAUUAUGGUUGGGCUGCUCACCAUCGGCCUGGGAGCGAUCCUCUACAACAGUGACAGUACUCCUUGGUGGUUUCUUGACUACACCAUGUAUCACUUUUGGUUAGGCGCAUUGUUCAUUUGCUUUGGUGUAUUGUGCAUCCUGUCUGAGAAGUUCCCCAGUCCAUUCUUGGUCAACCUCAACAUGAUUGUAAAUGGUGUUGGAGCUGCGUUUGCCACCACAGGCAUCGUACUCUACAGCUUGAACAUGAACAUGCUGGUGCAGUUUCAUGGAGGGUGUGGUUAUGACUAUUUUGGUUAUCCAGAAAAUGACACGAUGACACAGUCUUCAGAGAUGACGCUCAUGACUGAGAAAUGCAUGGAAGCUAAUGCAGUGACUCAGCGGAUUCUGAUAGGCAUCAAUGCUUUGCUGAUCAUCUUGUGUGUCCUGGAGUUAUGCGCUGGUUUCAGUUCAGCUAUUUUGGGGACAAAUGUGGUGGGGACAAGGGAGAAAACAGAGAGCCCUGAUGACCCAGAACAGUACAAACCACUGCUGGAGGACAUCACCAGUGACCCUGUGGUCUAA